GGGCCGGGGCGGGGCUAGGCCGCCUGGAGGGGCGGGUCUAAAAGCGGCCCCCGGCGAGGUCGACUGCGCUUGCGCUGACAGACGCAAGAUGGCGGACAGUGCGGAACUAAAGCAAAUGGUUAUGAGCCUUAGAGUUUCUGAACUCCAAGUACUGUUGGGCUACGCUGGGAGAAACAAGCACGGACGCAAACACGAACUUCUCACAAAAGCCCUGCACUUACUAAAGGCUGGCUGCAGUCCUGCUGUACAAAUGAAAAUUAAAGAACUGUAUAGGCGGCGCUUUCCCCAGAAAAUCAUGACGCCCGCGGACUUGUCCAUCCCCAACGUACAUUCAAGUCCUAUGCCAGCAACUUUGUCUCCAUCUACCAUUCCACAACUCACUUAUGAUGGUCACCCUGCAUCAUCACCGUUACUCCCUGUUUCUCUUCUGGGACCUAAACAUGAACUGGAACUCCCACAUCUUACAUCAGCUCUUCACCCAGUCCAUCCGGACAUAAAACUUCAAAAAUUACCAUUUUAUGAUUUACUGGAUGAACUGAUAAAACCUACAAGUCUAGCAUCAGACAACAGUCAGCGCUUUCGAGAAACCUGUUUUGCAUUUGCAUUGACACCACAACAAGUGCAGCAAAUCAGUAGUUCCAUGGAUAUUUCUGGGACCAAAUGUGACUUCACAGUGCAGGUCCAGUUAAGGUUUUGCUUAUCAGAAACCAGUUGUCCACAAGAAGAUCACUUCCCACCCAAUCUAUGUGUGAAAGUGAAUACCAAGCCUUGCAGCCUUCCAGGUUAUCUUCCACCUACUAAAAAUGGUGUGGAACCAAAGCGACCCAGCCGACCAAUUAAUAUCACCUCACUUGUCCGAUUGUCCACAACAGUACCAAACACUAUUGUUGUUUCUUGGACUGCAGAAAUUGGAAGGAACUAUUCCAUGGCAGUAUAUCUUGUAAAACAGUUGUCCUCAACAGUUCUUCUUCAGAGAUUACGAGCAAAGGGAAUACGGAAUCCGGAUCACUCUAGAGCUUUAAUUAAAGAGAAAUUGACUGCGGAUCCAGACAGUGAAAUAGCUACAACCAGCCUAAGGGUUUCUCUACUAUGUCCACUUGGUAAAAUGCGACUGACGAUUCCAUGUCGGGCCCUUACAUGUUCUCAUCUGCAGUGUUUUGAUGCAACUCUUUAUAUUCAGAUGAAUGAGAAAAAACCAACUUGGGUUUGCCCUGUCUGUGAUAAGAAGGCUCCAUAUGAACAUCUAAUUAUUGAUGGAUUAUUUAUGGAAAUCUUAAAAUACUGUACAGACUGUGAUGAGAUUCAGUUUAAGGAAGAUGGCUCUUGGGCACCUAUGAGAUCAAAAAAGGAAGUCCAGGAAGUUUCUGCUUCUUAUAAUGGAGUUGAUGGAUGCUUGAGCUCCACAUUGGAGCAUCAAGUGACUUCUCACCACCAGUCCUCAAGUAAAAACAAGAAAGUAGAAGUGAUUGAUCUGACCAUAGACAGUUCAUCUGAUGAAGAAGAGGAAGAGCCUUCUGCAAAGAGGACCUGUCCUUCUCUGUCUCCUACAUCAUCACUUAAUAAUAAAGGCAUUUUAAGUCUUCCACAUCAAGCGUCCCCAGUGUCCCGCACCCCAAGCCUCCCUGCUGUAGAUACAAGCUACAUUAACACAUCCCUUAUCCAAGACUAUAGGCAUCCUUUCCACAUGACACCCAUGCCUUAUGACUUACAAGGAUUAGAUUUCUUUCCUUUCUUAUCAGGAGACAAUCAGCAUUACAACACUUCCCUUCUUGCCGCAGCAGCAGCAGCAGUUUCAGAUGAUCAAGACCUCUUACAUUCAUCCCGCUUUUUCCCGUAUACCUCCUCACAGAUGUUUCUCGAUCAAUUAAGUGCAGGAGGCAGUACUUCUCUGCCAACCACCAAUGGAAGCAGUAGUGGCAGCAACAGCAGCCUUGUGUCCUCCAACAGCCUGCGGGAGAGCCAUAGCCACACGGUCACGAACCGGAGCAGUGCGGACACAGCAUCCAUCUUCGGCAUCAUACCAGACAUCAUUUCCUUGGACUGAUCCCCCUGCCCCUGCUGCUCCCACUCCCAGCCCAGAUUAAAUGAACACUUGGCAGAAAGAAGAGAACUUUGUGCUCUGUUUUACCUUAUUCUGUUUAGAAAAGUACACAAGCGUGGGUUUUUUUCCUUUUUUUAGGGAAAAAAUUAAAAGAAUUGUACAGAGAACAAAACUAUAUUUUCAGUUUUACUUUUGUAUAUAAAUCUAAGACUGCCUGUCUGAUAAAACACUUGUUUAAAAAAAAAAAAAAA